CUGCAACGGUUCGCCAAGUUGUAGGUUAGAGAGAGUAGUUGGACGACGGUUGGACAUCGCGAAAUCGCGGAGAGCGACGAUGCGUUGAGAGACGAGCGCGGAAGGUGCAGUCGGCGAUCCGUACGAGUAGAACGGUGUCGUAAAGUGUGCGCAAAGUGAUCGCAGCAGGUACGCACACGUCGUUCCGCAAAAUCCAAUUUACGCGUUCCUCGUGUCUCUCUCGAAACGCAUGCGUGCUACCAAGGUAACCAAGUGCAUCUGGCAAUAAUCGGACGAGCCGUUAUAGUUGAACAAACCACGUCGAGGUAGCAGCGCGAUCGCAUUGUUUUUAUGUUCUCGUGUGUGUACAUGCCAUGCAUAUACGCUCUGUGUAAGGCGUAUCGCGAGUGUCUCGCGAGUGACCAGCGUUUCUUCCUUCUACGCGUUUGCCGUUUUACUCGAGUAUUGUUGUGCUGGAGGCGAGAUCACACCGGCUGCCGUCGCGAAACACUGGUUACGUUCGUUGUUCGCGAAGGUGUGGCAGCGUUACCAGAAACGCAUGCGACCAAGACAGAAGAGAGUUACAACGUUGCAGCGUUGACGGUAAAUGCAGGGCUCGGUGAAUGUUGGAGGAAACAGAAUGUCCAGCGAACAAGCGCGAACGGGCGCCGUCGCGACCAAAGAAGACGUGGCUUACAGGAGCAUUGAGAUCGCGUCCGCGUUUACGCAUCUACCGCAGAAAGAGAUGGCCAGGGAUACGCCAGGCUCACCGAUGUCCAGAUCGAGAGACUUGGUCGGCGGAGUUGGCGGUGCUGCGACCACCUUGACAUCGGCUGGCUAUCACGCUACCUCCGGCGAUCCAGCUGCCCUCCAUGGCCACGUGCUGCAACAAAAGAUACUCGAGCUACAGCAGCAACAUCAACUUCAACAGCAAAUUCUGCGGCAACAAUAUCAAGCCCAGGAGCGACACUUGACCGAGUUGCACGAGCAACAGAUGCAUCAGCUAAAACUCUGGGAGCAGCAAAAACAGCUGGAGGAACAGAGGAGAGAAAAAGAGAGACUCGAGGCACUGAGGAAGAAGGAUAAGCACGACCACAGCGCGAUCGCUUCGACGGAGGUGAAGCAACGACUUCAGAGCUUUCUCGUGAACAAGAAGCAAAGGGAGGCGGCGGCCGCUGCAAACGGGGCGGUACCUGGUACACCCGGAUACAGAAGCUGGUUGCAGCCGCAGUCGGCGGACUCGGCCGGCGCUGCGAACGCCUCGCAUCCAUACCGGCUGCCGCAGAUGCUGCAGGAAAAGUUUGCCGACGAUUUCCCGCUUCGGAAGACAGCCUCGGAGCCGAACCUGCUGAAGGUGCGACUAAAGCAACGCGUGGAGAGGAACAUGGCCGCGUCGAGAAAUUCACCGCUGAUGGCACGCCGGAAGGAUCGCCUGCUGUCGCACCUCAAGCGGAAAUCACUGCUAGCAAAUUCUAGCAGCAAUCCGGAAUCUGGGCCUAAUUCACCACCGACCGUAAACAACUCUCAGGCGAGCCCCACCGCCGGUGGAAACGCAGCGGCAGCCAUCCAAGAAGAGACGGAAAACACCGGCUACGGCGGCCCGUUGACCAGCAGCAGUCAGCAAGGUAGCCUCUCGGAUCUGUCGCUGUUCAGUUCACCGUCCAUGCCAAACAUCUCGCUGGGACGACCGCACGUUCCAUCCGGUUCCAGCACGACCGGCACGAAAUUGGCCACCGUCUCGGAAGCGGAGGUGCGCGCGGCGUUCACCGCGCGACUAGGGAUGCCUCUCACCGGUCAAAUGCUGCCCGGCACAUUGCCCUUCUACCCAUCGCUGACGGUGAUCGAAGGUGGAGGGGACGUCGGGACGCCGAGCGCCGGCUACGUUCACAAGCAGAUGCAAAACCUGGAGCAUCCGUCGUUAACGAACCGGCAACACCCGUCCGCGGUUUAUCACGGUACCACGACCGCCGCCGCCGCUCCCAUCACGGACACGCAAGUAGCGCACGCCAGGCUGCAAAAGGCUGGUCACCGGCCUUUAGGUAGCAGAACACAGUCCGCCCCGUUGCCGUUGGGUCACCCGAUGCUGCAGGGCGGCAUCAUCGCGCCGCAGACCCACUACGAGGAGUAUCUGGCGGAGAAGCAGCUGCACGAUCAACAGCAGCAGCAACAACAGCAGCAGCAGCAGCAGCAGCAGCAACAACAGGCGCACAACUAUCUGAAACAGCAGAUCAGACAGACGGUGUUGACGCGGGUGGGAUCGCGGGGCCAGGCGAACCAGCUGGACGAAGCGCCGGAGACCGACGAGUCCGCCGAGGUGAUCGAUCUCACCGGCGGGAAGAAGGACUCGUUGUCGGAGGAGAGCGAGAUCUCGAAGCAGCAACGGGAUCGCGAGCAGUUUCUCCAACAGCAGAGGGAUCUGAUGAUGAGACACACGUUGCAGAUAUCGAACGAAUCGUCGACGGCCUACAGUGGCAGUGGCGGUGGCGGCGGUGGCGGUAGCGUCACCGCCGGCACCGGUAGAAGCGGUCAAUCCAGCGCCAGACCACUCUCCAGAGCGUUGUCCAGCCCGUUGGUUCACUUGGCGCGCGACCCAGGUGCCCAGGCAAGUCAAACCACCGGCGACCUGUUUGCCCGCGCUUCCUCCCAUCGGUCCGCAACCACCGGCCUGGCCUACGAUCCGCUCAUGCUGAAGCACGCCUGCGUCUGCGGCGAAACGGUGCGUGGCCAUCCGGAGCACGGAGGCAGGUUGCAGAGCGUCUGGGCGCGGCUCUCGGAGACCGGGCUGCUGCAGCGCUGCGACCGAAUACGCUCGCGCAAGGCCACCCUCGAGGAGAUCCAAACGUGUCACAGCGAAGCUCACACCCUUCUCUUUGGAACGAACCCGAUGAAUCGUCAAAAGUUGGACGUGUCGAAGCUGUCUCAGCUGCCCAUCAAGAGCUUCGUGCGGCUGCCCUGCGGCGGAGUGGGCGUCGAUUCCGAUACCACGUGGAACGAACUGAAUACCGCGCCAGCCGCCCGGAUGGCUGUCGGCUGCGUCGUCGAUCUGGCCUUUAAAACCGCCAUCGGCGACAUCAAGAACGGUUUCGCCGUCGUACGGCCGCCGGGGCAUCACGCCGAGACCAAUCAAGCCAUGGGUUUCUGCUUCUUCAACUCGGUCGCGAUCGCCGCGCGAUUGCUUCAGCAGAAGCUCGACGUUCGGAAAAUCUUGAUCCUCGACUGGGACGUGCAUCAUGGAAACGGGACGCAACAAAUGUUCUACGACGAUCCGCGAGUGCUGUACCUGUCGAUACACAGGCACGACGAAGGUAACUUCUUUCCAGGGACCGGCGGACCGACCGAGUGCGGCGCCGGCGAGGGCCUCGGUUACAACGUGAACAUUGCCUGGUCCGGCGGGCUGAAUCCUCCGAUGGGGGACGCCGAGUACCUGGCGGCGUUUCGCACGAUCGUCAUGCCGAUCGCCAAAGCUUUCGACCCGAGCAUCGUCCUCGUCUCCGCGGGUUUCGACGCGGCCGUUGGCCACCCGGUGCCCCUCGGCGGCUACAAGGUCAGUCCCGCCUGCUUCGGCAAAAUGACGCAACAGUUGCUCGGCCUGGCCAACGGCAAGAUCGUCCUCGCCCUCGAAGGUGGUUACGACUUGGCCGCCAUCUGCGAUUCCGCCCAAGAGUGCGUUCGGGCUCUGCUCGGCGACGAACCUACGCAACUUCGCCAAGAGGAAUUGACCAGGAUACCUUGCCAGAACGCGGUCGACACGCUUCAAAAGACUAUCGCCGUGCAGAUGUCUCACUGGCCUUGCGUCAAACUGAACGCGCACACGACGUCCAUGAGCGCGAUCGAAGCCGGACAAAAGGAGCGCGACGAAACCGAGACGGUCUCCGCAAUGGCCUCUCUCUCGAUGCAGCAGCCUACCAAUCUAACGACUACUACCCCAGAACAUUCCCGAGAAGUUUCCGAGGAGCCGAUGGAACAAGAUGACGCGAAAUGAAGAGGCACGCGACACCUGCUCGCGAUCGUUUUCCCAAAUAAUCACGAGGCUAUCGUCGUUUCUCCUUCGUCGCCUUGUUUCUAAAA